AGUGGAGUCUUCAUAGAAUUCAUCGAAACUUUGGCGGUGAUAAGUGGCAGAAGUUUCCUCGAAAUGCGCACAUUUGUUAGCCUCGUCCUGGCGACCAUCCUUCUGGUCGCCGGCUGCUCAGCAGGCACAUAUGAUCCUGCGGCCCAGCUGCUGGAUGCGGAUGCAGGGGUCCUGGCUCCUACGGCCGCUCGUCAAGUUCGUCAAUAUGGAGGUUUCGGAGGUCCUGGAGGAGGCUUUGGCCGUCCAGGAGGUGGCUUCGGAGGUCCUGGAGGCGGCUUCGGAGGUCCUGGAGGCGGUGGCUUCGGCGGCCCUGGAGGCGGUUUCGGAGGUCCGGGAGGCGGUUUCGGCGGUCCAGGAGGCGGAUUUGGAGGCGGUGGCUUCGGAGGUCCUGGAGGCGGCUUCGGAGGUCCUGGAGGAGGCUUCGGAGGUCCUGGAGGCUUUGGAGGCUUCCGAGGCUAAAUACCAAAAUCAUCUGUGACUAACUUAACUUAAACCACUAGAAAUAGAAUGUGUAAUCAAAGUGCACUCAAGCACGUUCUAAUUAAGUUCGAAAUACAUUUACCCCUGUUCUUUGAUUUA